AAGACAGAUUGAGGAGAAACUCGGAUAAGGAUCAAUGUGUAUAUAACCGAACAAAACACUUUUACUAAAGCUACCGAAAACAAGAUCGAGCGAAUCGUUAUCGAUGCGAAGCCUCGUCUCAUCUGUAUCUACGAACAGCUGAUUCAGCAGAUAUUUCCCGCGUGGUGAACAUAACGUACAAUCGGGGAAAAGUGCGAACGGAUCGAUCGUGACGACAAGGAACGCCGUGGACGGUGCUGUUUUUGUUGACAGAAGAUUCCACUCAAGAAAAAUGCGUAUUGACGUGUCCUAAUGACGUAAUUGGUCGAGACGGUUCGCACGUAUGUCCACGUAUGUAUCGAGUGCGAUCAAUCGUGCGUUUCUUAUGCAGCAGGAUUUUAAGAAGUCGACGAGCGAUAACGUCAAGAUCACCGGUGUUGUAAUGAGGCCGUGAAAAGUGUCAUUUGUUCGUCGAGCAAUGAAGUCGAACGUGGGUGUGCUGAUUCUGCUGCUGUUCCUGACGUCGUGUUCCCGGUCCAAUGCAGAAUUGGAGAGUGCCGCGAAGAAGCGCGACAUCGCGCAAAAGUCAAACUCCAACGAGGAGACAGAGGAGGAUGUCACUAACGAGGAGAUGGAAAGCGCUUUCGAGCAGCUGCGCGAACUCAGGGCGUUGCGGGAGACUAUAAUGAAGUUGGUACCAGUGGCGGAUCCGCUUAUGAAUGAAAAAGUCGACAAGCACAGGAAAGAGGAUGCAGAGGGUAAAGUGGACAGUGUCAGCAAGGAGAGUCUGGAGAGUUCAGGAACGAGAAAUGUAUGGAUGAAAACUAUGAUAGCCCAGACAAAGGAAAUGGAUCCUUUGGACAUAAACAGCAAGCAGUUGGAUGAGGAAGAUAUGGAAGCUUGGGAGAAUCAUGAACAGUUCGAGACACUUGAGGAGGAGGUCCAAGAACCUCUGUCACCAGAACAACAAGCAGCUGAACAAUUAUUCAAGAAUGCUCAAAAUACUUUGAAUGCAAUGCGUGCCAACAAAUCUGAGGGCUACGAAUUGCUCAUUGAAGCAGCACAGUUGGGCCAUCGAGAAGCUAGAUCUAUGUUGGCAUGGGCAAGAUUGCUCGGGUCUCGUUUAGGUUCCACCUCUUUGAGAAUAUCUAUUGAUGAUAUACCCAGCAUAUUUGAAAUAUUCAAAGAACUUGCAGAUUCAGGACUUCCGUCAGCUCAUAUGGGAAUGGGAUUUUUAUACGCGACCGGUAUUGGUGGUGUUAAUGCAUCUCAAGGGAAAGCUCUGCUUCAUUACACUGUAGCCGCUCUUGGGGGCGAUACUCGGGCACAGAUGGUAAUGGGACAUCGUCACUGGGCAGGAUUGACGACAACACCAUCCUGCGAGCGAGCGUUAGAUUAUUAUCGAAAAGUGGCGAAGAAAGUUGCAGAAGAAGUGUCGCUCAGCGGUGGCCCGAUCGUUCAGCGAGUCAGGUUAUUGGACGAGUACGAAAAUCCGGGGUACAAUUCUGGCAUCUUCGAUCAGGACUUGAUAGAAUACUAUCAGUUGUUGGCAAAAAAAGGUGACACUCAGGCACAAGUCGGACUCGGUCAGCUGCAUUAUCAAGGAGGUAGGGGAGUACCUUUGGAUCACGAAAAAGCUGUACAAUAUUUCCAACAUGCUGCUGAUGCCGGCAAUCCCGUAGCGAUGGCUUUCCUUGGAAAGAUCUAUUUAGAAGGGAGUGAAAUUGUGAAGCAAGACAAUGAAACAGCAUAUAAAUAUUUUAAAAAGGCAGCUGAACUGGGCAAUCCAGUAGGUCAAAGUGGAUUAGGCUUGAUGUACUUAUAUGGAAUGGGAGUAGAAAGAAAUACAGGUAAAGCGUGGCAAUAUUUUCAUCAUGCUGCAGAACAAGGCUGGGUCGAUGGACAAUUGCAAUUAGGCAAUAUGUAUUUCAGUGGUAUCGGUGUUAAACAAGAUUACAAAAUGGCAAAUAAAUAUUUUAAUUUAGCCAGCCAAUCGGGUCAUGUGCUAGCAUACUAUAAUCUCGCUCAGAUGCAUGCUAGUGGCACCGGCAUGGUGAGAAGUUGUCCCCCGGCUGUGGAAUUAAUGAAAAAUGUCGCCGAAAGGGGAAAAUGGAGCGAUCAGUUAAUGGUGGCGCACACUGAUUACAGAGAAGGCAGGGUGAAUGAAGCAUUUCUAAAUUAUGCCUUAUUCUCUGAGAUGGGUUACGAGGUCGCGCAAAGUAACGCGGCAUUUAUCUUGGACAAAGAAGAGACCGAUGUUCUGUCGGAAGAGGAAGGCUUAGUCCGGGCUUUAGCGUUAUGGACGCGAGCCGCCGCGCAAGGAUACUCAGCGGCACAAGUGAAACUUGGUGAUGCGCAUUAUUAUGGCAGAGGAACCAAAGUGGAUUACGAGGCUGCUGCAGGUCACUAUCGUUCAGCAUCCGAGCAACAACACAACGCUCAAGCUAUGUUCAAUUUGGGUUAUAUGCACGAGCGCGGCCUAGGCUUAGCGAAGGAUCGUCACUUGGCCAAGCGAUGCUAUGAUUUGGCCGCGCAAGCCAGUCCCGACGCGCAAAUACCAGUAACGCUAGCUCUUAUUAAACUCUCCUUCCUCUUCAGCCUGGAUUAUCUACAAGAGUUCAGUUUGGUCGAUCAGCUGGAUAAGUGGGAUCAGCUGCUCGGGCAAAACUGGGAUCUUUAUCUUAUCGGAUUUCUUACGGGAAUGCUUAGUCUUAUUAUAUACUUCCGCAGACCGCAGCCACCUCCCCCACCGAGACCUCCUGUUAACUAAAUUUUGUACCUUUACCGAUUAUUUCAUAUAUAUAUAUACAUAUAUACAUAAAUUUUCCUAGGCUAAGCUUGGAAAGAAUUUUAUAAGAGAUUCGUAUACCGGGAAAUCAUUUUUGAUAACGUAAUUCAUCCUUCCCAAAGUAAUGCAGGCUGUAUAAUCUCGAGUUCGAUAUUGUUUUGAGCACGUUUAAUGUAUCGUGAAUACUUUACUUUUGACCAGUAAUAAUAAAUUCAUCGAGCAUUGUGAUGCCUCAGAUGGCAUACGCAACCGGUAAAUAUUGUGUUUACUACACUAUAUUACCAUUUUCUCAUACGCUUAUUUAAUUAUUAUCACAUACAUAGGCUCUGAGCUUAGUUCCUAGUUUGUAAAGUUCCAUUAUUAUGCUCAAUGUAUGACAUGUUUGUCGAGAUAUCGUCUACAAAUGAACUUAUUAAUGACUGGUUUAUCGCAAAUUUUAGAUCCCUCUUGUUCGCAAAGUAAUAUGAAAAAUGCAAGUCAAUUUCGUUCACAAUUCCACAUGAUUUUUAUAUAGGAAUGCAAAUUUAAGCUGCCCUUGCAGCGAUAUUUUAUGAUUAGUUUUUGCAGAUAAAGACGAUUGUAUACAUAUGUAGUUUUUUCAGUGGCAUAUUUUUAACUAUGUUAAACUACACAUAAUAUACAUUAAGAUAUUAUAAGAUUUCUGUAAUAUAAAGUAAGAAUUAAAAAGGUUAUUGAUUAUUUAUCUAAUAAAAUUGUUUUAUUGCCAAAGAAUGUUACGAUUUUGAUAUUAUCGUGACACGCAUGGUAUUAUCGUGGCUGUGGAAACGAUUGUGAAUAUAUGCAGAUAAUCCGACUUGUAAAUUGUGUAAACCAGAUAUAAACAUUAUUAGCGAAUCGAAAGCAAUAUCACUUUAGAAUACCCUGUAUAUAUGUGCAAAUACUUAUUGCGUUUAUUUGUUAUUUUUCGUUAAUUAUUUGCUGCGUUACUGAUAUUAUCAAUAAGUACUAUGUAAGAAUUAAUGUGCUAUUUCAAUCGAUAUUAUGUUAAUUAUUAUAUUGAAAUUUAUUUAUGCACCUCGUACUCGUGUACCUGUAUCUUUCACAUGAGAGACGCUAUAAAUAUUUAUAUUAGUUCUCAGGGAAUAAAACAACAAAGGAAUGAAA